AAUGAGUGAUUGUGACCUUCUCGGAACAAAGAUGAGAUAAUUGCUGUAAAAUCCCUAAACCCUAAAAUCCAAGAUAAUCCAACCUCGUCUAUUGUCUUGUUCUGAAAGAACACUUGGCCAGUUCCAACCACAAUCCUGCCUAAUCAAUUCUAGAGAUAAGGCAACCUCCAGAAGAGAGAAAGAGAGAGAGAAGAGUGUGAUCAGCCACUGGGAAUGGAGGAGAGAGGCAUGGCCAAGGUAGCCCAACACAUCUGCAACCGCAUCCAAUCCGUCUUCCAAGAGAGUUCAACCCCUAACCUCCACCACCCAACCCCCCUCGAUGCGCUUGUGGCGGAGCUUUCGGCCCAUGCCACCCGCGGGGCGCGAGUCGUGGUUCAUGGUGUGGGACGCGAGGGCCUCAUGAUGCGGGCCUUUGCGAUGCGCCUCGCCCACCUCGGCAUGCAGUCCCACUGCGUCGGCGACGUCACGUGCCCGUGCGUAGGCGAGGGGGACCUCUUGAUCGCGAGUGCUGGGCCGGGCGGCUUCUCAACUGUGAACGCGAUCUGCACGGUGGCAAGGGAGGCAGGGGCGCGAGUGAUGGUGAUCACGGCGCAGCCCGAGGGGCAGGCCGCGGGGCUUGCCGAUAGAGUGGUGGUGGUGCCGGCGCGAACUAUGGCAGAUGAUGAGGAUGAUAAAUUUGGGGGAGAUGAAGAGGUGUUGAUGAUGGGGAGCUUGUAUGAGGGGGCUCUGUUUGUGUUAUUUGAGAUGGUGGUGUUUAGGGUUUCCAAGGUCCUUGGGCAGACACCUGAUGCCAUUAGAGCCAGGCACACCAACCUUGAGUAGACUGUUUACCUCACUUGUAUAUACAUUUCCUUCCUCUCUUUUGUGCUUUGGGUCUUCUCCCCAGUUAGUUAGUGCUCCUCUCUGGGUGGUGAUUUUUUGGACCCUGGACCCAACUCCGGUCUAGGGUUUUGGACCGGGAUCCCACCCAAAACUUGGAUUCGGACCUGACCCUGUCCUAACUCGGCUCUAUGGUUUUGGAUCCGAACCCUACCGACCGGGUCCAAAAAAUUGGGCCCAAUCCGAUUGCCACCCCUACUAAUGAUUUGGUUGUAUGGGGUCUCUCCUUCAUUUGGGUUUCUCUUCCUUUGGUCUCUCUUAUUUGGGUGUUCUGUUUGUUUGUCUCUGUUAUUUGGGUUUCUUAUUAGGUUUGUAUUUGAUGUGUUUUUAUUUGAUUUCUUGUUGGUUCUCUCUCAUCUGGGUUCUCAGUUAAUCUCUUCUAUCUGGGUUCUUUGUUGGGUUUCUCUUUUAUUUGCUUUCCUGGUAAGGUUCCUCCUCCUUUUCCUUGUCUCCUUCAAUUUGGGUUCCUUCUUGGGUUUUUCUUCCUUUUCUCACACUUGUUUAGGUCAUCUUUAGGUUCUCUUCCUUUGGUAUCUGUGUUGCUUGGUUCAUUUUUUCUUAGUUAUCUGGACAUAUCAUGGACUUGUGGAUCUCCCUCUCUGUCUGGUCUUUUUAUUCCCUCUAUCUAUGGGGUGCUUGAUAUGUCUAUGGCAUUCCCACCUUCCCCAGUCCUGUUUCUUUUUUUGGGUAAUGAGGAACUCCUAUUGUGUCUCUCACAUAUAUCUUAUACCAAUUCCUAUUCAUGGAUGUAUAUCAUGUAAAUGUUCUAUAUUUUUUGAAUGAGACUUCAUAUAUUUGGAGGCA